UACACUUAGAGCGAUCGUCUUCGUUUCCGGGCUCAUCUAUCAUUGACAUUUUAUAUCUACCUUUUAGCCAUGUAGUCCGAACUUUGUAGAGCAUCAUAAUUAAAAAAGAUUUUCCAAGUUGUGUUUCAAGGAAGCAACAUGGAUAAGAACAUGCAAAGGGUUGGAGUGGGUGUAGGAGCUUUUCAUAAUCCGCCAAAGGCGAGUUAUAGCGAAGAAACGAAAAAUUUGAUCAAAGUAUUAAUGGAGGAAUCAAAAUUAACAAUGAUGCAACGAAAAACUAUACAAGAUGCGAUGAACAGAGGCGAUUCUUUACCUCCUCCAACACCUAUUCCGAAAAAAGAAAAACAAUCAAAUAAUAUUCAAGUUACAUAUCCUUCAGUGUGGAAACGAAGAUCAAGGGACAUGAUCCUUAAUAGCGGUGCUUACGAAAGGGAACAAUUUAGACGUACAGAGCCACUACCUAAUAAGGAAAAGCAAAAGAGGCACUUAGCAUGUAUGAUGGCAUAUGGAAAAGAUAUGCCAGCAACUCCUCGCGAACAAGGAAUUAUGCCGAAACCUCGGAGAUUACCACAACUUAAUAAUAAAGAUGAUCCUGUGAAAGACAUCGUUCAAGGUAUUCAAGAAAGAAUCGAGUUUUUACAAGACAUGGAGUGUUUGGGCCUCGGAAAAAAGUAUAAAUCUAUAAUGCAUCAGGAAAUUGCUCAGAAAAUACGAGAACUUGAGACUAUGGAGAAAAGCAAGUCCUUGGAAAUUAGUAAGGAACUUGAAAAAUUCAAAUAUGAGCAUCCGCCUCCAAAACCGUUUCCGCUUGGGGAACUCGAUGUGUGAUUUGAGAAUUAUUUGUAAAAUCAUUCAAAACUUUGUAACAAUCCGUCAUCUUAUAACUAUAAAAGUAUAAAUACAUUAUUAUUUAUUCAGCUUUAUAUAUCGCUUUUAGUUGCAUGUAUUUUAAAAAUUAUACAUAAAAGAAUAUAUAUAUUAUUG